AACGUCACAGGGACUAUACAGGAGAGUUUUGUUGGAAGUUAGAAAGUUUUGCAGCCUCCAGAGGGCUGUAGCGGCAGUAGCAGAAGCAGCAUCCAAGGGACUCCUGGAAGGGGAAGAGAGAGAGCGAGCGAGCGACUGACUCAGUCCUGCUGCAGAGAACUGACUCGAGGCGACGGAGGCAGACAUGGAACAUCAGCUGCUGUGCUGCGAGGUGGAGACCAUCCGACGAGCCUACCUGGAUGCCAACCUCCUCAAUGACAGGGUGCUGCAGACAAUGCUCAAGGCGGAGGAGACCUGCUCGCCCUCCGUCUCCUACUUCAAGUGCGUGCAGAAAGAAAUCUUGCCAUAUAUGAGGAAAAUAGUUGCCACUUGGAUGCUGGAGGUUUGCGAGGAGCAAAAGUGCGAAGAGGAAGUUUUCCCCUUGGCUAUGAAUUACUUGGACAGAUUUUUGUCGUUUGAACCCCUCAAGAAAAGCCGGUUGCAACUGCUCGGAGCUACCUGCAUGUUUGUGGCUUCAAAAAUGAAGGAGACUAUUCCUCUGACCGCAGAAAAACUGUGCAUUUAUACAGAUAACUCCAUUAGACCCGACGAAUUACUGCAAAUGGAGCUGCUGCUGGUGAAUAAGCUGAAAUGGAAUCUGGCCGCAAUGACCCCCCACGAUUUCAUUGAACAUUUCCUCACUAAAAUGCCUCUGGCAGAGGACACCAAGCAGAUCAUCCGUAAACAUGCUCAGACUUUUGUGGCUCUGUGCGCUACAGAUAUUAAAUUUAUUUCAAACCCACCCUCCAUGAUCGCAGCUGGCAGUGUGGUAGCAGCUGUGCAAGGCCUGCAUCUGGGGAACACUAACACUUUCCUCUCCUAUCAAUGCCUCACACAUUUCCUAUCACAAGUUAUCAAAUGUGAUCCGGAUUGUUUACGAGCCUGCCAAGAACAGAUCGAGUCCCUCCUUGAAUCCAGUCUACGUCAGGCACAGCAGCACAACGUAUCUUCAGAAACAAAGACUGUAGAGGACGAAGCAGAUCUUUCCUGCACGCCCACUGAUGUGCGAGAUGUGAACAUUUAAGAGGACUUCUUCUUCUUCUAAUGGAUUUGCUUGGCAAGAAAAGUAGACAAAAAAAAAAAAGAAAGGGCAUCUGAGAAGGAAUCGGCGUCAGGAUCUCCCCCCCAGAAACCCUUUUCUCCAGGACAUUUUUAUACCAGAAGGGAAAACCAGUUCUUGUUAUAUUUUUUUCUCGCUCUGUCUCCCUUCCAUCUGUGACUUCAAACAAACAAAAUAAAACAAAAAGUACCCCAAAAACUGUCUUAAAAAAAAGAAAAAAAUAGUAUUUGCAUUACCCCCAGGGGUUUGUGCUACAAAAAUAGAGGAUUUUAUACAAUAAUAAUCAACUAGUUUUUAUA